AUGAUUCCAUCGGCGAGAAUACAAGUCAAACAGUUGCGUUCCUCAAGAGAGAACAUCCCAGCUUAUCUUUUAAAUGGUGUCGCUAAGCCUACUUUGAAGGCUUUUAUUUACGCAUAUCUCUAUUUAGUAUUGCCCAAGAUCAUCGGUCGUCUUGUCAAGUCCUUGAGAAAACAUAAAUGGGACACUUUUUUACCACGGAUGAAAAAGACAUUGCUUCGGGCUUUGCAUCCAAGGAAAUUUCCGGUUUUUGCAGCAAGCCUCGUGGCAGGAAUCAAUAUACUCGAACCUCUUCUUUACGGCUUACUUAAAAAGAAGCAGUUGUUGUUCAAGACACCGUCAUCAAGAUUGUUUCUAUCUACUUUGUUGUCUGCUCUUGUAUCGGCCUUAAUCACAUUCCCCUUAUACCAAGGUCAUGUUGUCAAAUUUGGUAGACACAACUCAUUGGACUUGACCUUAUUGGUUGCAACCAGAGCCAUGGAUACAGCAUUUUCAUCAAAUCUUGCCAAAGUAGCGCCUAAAGCACUUUCAGGCUACGGGGACGGCCUAUUAUUCAUUGUUAGUUGCACCUUGAUAAUGUUUUGUUGGUUUUUCUACCCUGAAAAACUUCCUCCAGAAUACGGUAAGUGGAUUACGUCGGCGGCAAACAUGGAUCCCGAUUUUUUGGAAGUUUUGAGAUUGGUUCGAGAUAAAAAACUCAUCUACGGAGAGCAUGGUCCUUAUGAGGAUUACUUGACGCCGUAUUUUAUCAAGUACGGCCAGGACCCCAAAAGAGGCAAUAUAGUUCUUAAUCAGCCCAUAGAGUGCGAGGCUGUACAUGCCUUUAAAACCAAAAGUUGCGAGUUGCAUGCACUAUGGAGAUUUUGGAGAGGUUUCAAAUUUGCAAUGACAGUUUAUACUCCACUUAACUUGUUAAUGUUGCUCUUUAAACUGAAGGUGAAAAUGUCAGCAAGACUAGCUCGAGCAUUAAAAUCAUCUAUUCGGUCAUCGUGCUUCUUAGGCGCAUUCAUUGGUUUUUAUUGGUACGCUGUUUGUUUGGCAAGGACAAGGUUAUUUCCUAAACUUUUCCCCAACGUUCCAAGGACUCGUUUUGAUGAUACAAUUUGCCCAUCAGCAGGCGCAGUUAUGUGUGGGUUUUCAGCAUUCAUAGAGACGGUACAAAGGAGAAAAGAGUUGGCAUUGUUUGUUGCACCGCGUGGAUUGGGAACAUUGGUUCCCUCGGAACCCACAGAUCGGAAUUUAAAAAUUGAGAGCUUUGUUUUCUCAAUAAGUUUGGCAGUUUUGGUUGCUUAUUCAAGAAACCAAGCUUCAAGUGUAAGGGGGAUUUUUGGCAAGGGCCUCCAACAAGUCUUCAACAUUGGAAGCUAUACUUAG